AUGUCUACUAGUCAACAAUAUAUUGUUAAUGCUCAUUACAAUGGGAGUGUUGUUGUAUCAGAUGAAGUGGGUUUGAUCUAUGAAAACACUGACGUAACUCGUUUUAGUGUUAAUAAAAGAUCGUCAUUCCAACAUUUUAAAGAUAGGAUAAAGAUGAAGGUGCAAGCAGGAUCAGUUACACAAAUUACAUACAAAAAUGUUGUCCAUUUCGGGGACCAUCACUUUAAAUUUGUUCCAUUAAAGGUUUGUGACGACGAGGAUGUUGAAAUGAUGUUCUCGAAUCAUGAACGUUUUGGGUUUCAGCACAUUGAAUUAUAUAUAACAUUUGUACAAUGUCAAGAAACUCAAAUUUCUCAUGUCAUCAAUCCAUCCAUAGAGGAAAUGCCAACCAUAAUUCCACUCGAAGAUGUUGAAGAAGAUGAUGGCGAAGAAGAAAACGAGGCACAAGUUGAUGAUUUAUAUACUACUUUGUUUGAGGAAGGAAACGAUGUCAACAAAAUCAACAGAGAUGAACAACACAUUCUAGUUGAGAAUGUAUUCAGUCCACCGACGCAUAUGACAAACCUGCCGCUAAAUGUAGAAGGAACAUCAUUUGAAUGA